AUGUCUUCAAAUUCUGUGCCAUCAACUCAUGGCGGCGGUACGUCGUCUGGCGGGCGCCACAAGAAGGAGGAGGUCGUCCACAACAUGAAGACGAUUCAACCGGAUCUGCUCGACCACGUCAUGAGCGAGCGCAACAAGACUGGAAGCGCCGGCGCUCUCGUCAACGCCAUGACCAACUACGUCCGCGUGAAGAGCCAUGUCGACUUGCCCAUCUACCAAUUCCAUGUCGCCUUCGACCCGCCGGUCGACAACAAGAGCUGGCGCGAAGAAAUUUGGCGCGGCUGUGGCAUUUUCGAUCGCGUGCUCGAAAAGUUCAUCGCCAACUGCAAGUCGAUUCUCCGUCAAAUCAACAUGGACCUUCCUGAGCCACAUUGUUUCCCCGUUGGAGGCAGUGGGGAGGCGAACGACUACCUUGAUGUGAUCCGGGAGAAGCUUGCCGAAGCUGCGAACCAUGGCAUCAAGUUGGACAUGGUCGUCGUGAUCCUGAAGGACGACAACGAAACCCGCGACUACACUGGCAAGAAGGUCGUCUGUCUAGAUUUGCCUGUUCCGAGUCAAUGCGUCCGUCCAUCUGAUCGGGGCGUAAACAAGCAGCUCGGCUCCAUUUGUCUGAAGAUUCUUCUUCAAAUGAAUUGCAAGAUGGGUGGAGCGCCUUGGAUCGUGAAAAAGCCGCCGAAGCGCGUCAUGUUCAUCGGAUACGACCUCUACGCGGACUCUACGACUCGUGGCAAGUGCGUCCCACUUGUCCGACAAGCUGCCGAAGAGGUGGCUCAUACGAUGGGUCAGACUGUUCCACAGUUCGCCUUCAUCUUGGUCACGAAGAAAACCAACGCACGUGUCUUCACUGCCUCAGGCAACUCUGCUGCAAACCCACUGCCGGGAACUGUGGUCGACAACUACAUCACACGUCCUGAAAGGUACGACUUCUACAUGGUGCCACAAGCCGCGAACCACGGAACGGUGGCUGCGGUCCACUAUUCCAUCAUCCACGACGACACUGGCUACGAUGCGGACCGCCACCAUAAAUUGGCCUUUAAAUUGUGCCAUCUCUACUACAUCUGGCAAGGCACGGUCCGCGUCCCAGCUCCCUGUCAAUACGCCCACAAGCUCGCCUUCCUCUUCGCACAGACUCUCCAUCGAGAAGCCAACGAGCGACAAAUUGUUUUAUCUCUAGGCUUAUUCAUCGUG